UCAUAUCCUGUUUGUGCGCGUGUGGAGGGUUGCUGUUCUGUCUGGUUUGGACGCGGCCUGCUGAUUAUAAUUGAAGCACCAGCAAUAACACGGGACUGAAGGUAAAAGCAAAGAUUGUUAUAACGUGAAAGGGAGAACAAUAAUGCCGGAAAAAAAUACAUAUGAACUGUAAUUCCAAAUCAUAACGAUUUGUAAUUCUUAAAAAGUUGACUAGUAACAACUAACGUACAAUUCGCGAGUUCACCCGACCCACCGUUUUACUGUCUUGCUAGCUAACGUUAUGCUAAGUUAGCUAACUAACCUGCAAUAACACGCCGCCGUUGUGGGUAGAAAAACAAGCUCAGCUGGCAUUCGUUGGUUAUUUUUUGGAGGUUGUGUGAUCACUGACAGAGAUCAAUACACCACCUUGGAGAAUCUGCAGAGGAUUUGCUACUUCGUGAGAGCGUUAUCCAGUUUGCUAUUAUUUCGGGGAAAGGGUCUCUGGCUAAAGUAUCUAAAGAAGUCAAGGUAUUGAGACGUUUUUGUCAGAGACACAUCUGACGCCCUUCGCCAACAGUCACAGCUCCCCUUCCCCCCCUAUUCCCCCUGUGACCCCACCCUGACACCCAGCAACCCUCCGUCCUCUGCCCCAGCAUGAACGACAUCAGUGUGGUCAGAGAGGGCUGGCUCCAUAAGAGGGGAGAGUACAUUAAGACGUGGAGGCCGCGGUACUUCAUCCUGAAGAGUGAUGGCUCCUUCAUCGGCUACAAGGAGAAACCAGAGAUGUCGUCCGACCACAGCCUCCCACCCCUCAACAACUUCUCUGUGGCAGAGUGCCAGCUGAUGAAGACAGAACGGCCCAGGCCCAACACGUUUGUCAUACGCUGCCUACAGUGGACCACAGUCAUAGAGCGCACCUUCCACGUGGAGAGUAACGAGGAAAGGGAGGAAUGGAUGCGGGCGAUCCAAGCGGUGGCCAACGGCCUGAAGACGCGAGAGGAAGAGGCGCCCAUGGACAUCACGUUUGGCUCCCCCAGCGACUGCAGCAGCAUGGAGGAGAUGGAGGUGGCCAUGUCCAAGUCCCGCAAUAAAGUGACCAUGAGUGACUUUGACUACCUGAAGCUGCUGGGGAAGGGAACGUUUGGUAAAGUGAUUCUGGUGAAGGAGAAGGCCACAGGAAUGUACUACGCCAUGAAGAUCCUGAGGAAAGAAGUCAUCAUCGCUAAGGAUGAGGUAGCACACACGGUAACAGAAAGCAGAGUCCUUCAGAAUACAAGGCAUCCCUUCUUAACGACACUGAAAUACGCGUUCCAAACACAUGACCGGCUAUGCUUUGUGAUGGAAUAUGCAAAUGGAGGAGAGCUGUUCUUUCACUUGUCGCGAGACCGUGUGUUCACAGAAGACCGGGCACGGUUCUACGGUGCAGAGAUUGUGUCUGCGCUGGAGUACCUCCACUCACGGGACGUUGUCUACAGAGACCUUAAGCUGGAGAACUUAAUGCUGGAUAAAGAUGGACACAUAAAGAUCACAGAUUUUGGACUGUGUAAAGAGGGAAUCACAGAUGGGGCUACCAUGAAGACCUUUUGUGGUACUCCAGAAUACCUUGCGCCAGAGGUAUUAGAGGACAAUGACUACGGCCGAGCGGUGGACUGGUGGGGUCUGGGUGUGGUCAUGUACGAGAUGAUGUGCGGUCGACUACCCUUCUACAACCAGGACCACGAGCGGUUGUUUGAGCUCAUUCUCAUGGAGGAGAUCCGCUUCCCCAAGAACCUGGCCCCCGAAGCCAAGGCCCUGCUUGCUGGCCUGCUCAAAAAGGACCCCAAGCAGAGGCUUGGAGGUGGACAAGAAGAUGCCAAGGACGUGAUGACUCAUAUGUUCUUCACCACCAUCAACUGGCAGGAUGUGGUAGAGAGGAAGCUCUUGCCUCCCUUCAAGCCCCAGGUGACGUCGGAGACGGAUACGCGGUACUUUGACGAUGAGUUCACGGCACAGACCAUCACCGUAACGCCCCCGGACAAGUACCACAGCUUAGACGCAGAAGACCAGGACCAGCGCACACACUUCCCUCAGUUCUCUUACUCCGCCAGCAUACGGGACUGACCUCUCUCGCGCACACACUCACAUGAGCAGGCAAGCUAACACACGUUCACACACACUAGCACUGCUGGGGAAAUGGGCGAGCGCGCGCACACAAACUGACACACUCUCAAACAAACACUCGCACAAGACACACACACACACACACACACACACCGGGAAGUGGUGAAAACAUGGAUCCUAGAACAUGACAUGAUGACUGACCUCAGCAGGCCUGUGUGGAUAGACUGGCGGCCCUGUCUCUCAUUCUGACGGGACCAGGUGGAACAGGACAGGGCUGCCCUUGGCCAUGCCUGCAGGACCCCGCCUGUCUGCCCUCCACACUACUACUACACUGGGCACAUCAAAACAUCGAUAACACUUUACCAUCCCUGGGUUAUGCCAGCAAAUACCACCUCACCACCAGCCAAACGCAUGCUGCACCUGUCCAACACACACAAACACUCUGACAAGCAACACAUCAAUCCUCUCAUACACUGCAGAUGUUUUUUUUACUACUGGAUAAAAAAAUGGUUUUAAUAAUCCAAACAAAUGUAGAAACACAUGAAAGAACAAGAAAAAUAUGUUGGAGGGUGAAAAAUAUUUAAACUCAUUUUUAUUUUGAUUGUUACGGUUUUAAAAGCCAUAUUUCUGCAACUUACAAGUGCUCUUGCUGAAACUUGCUGUUACAAAUCGUGUGGACUGUUCCUACAGAGGGAAAGCGGAGUGGGAGUGGGGUAAGAAGAAGUUGGUGUGUGUGUACCUCGAGGGGUAGCCAUUUCUCUGCUUGCACUGUGUAUAUGAAUGGUUUUGAGUGUGUGGAAGAGAAUGUAUGAACAACCAUUUGAAUUUCAACAUCUGUUUUAUGUUUAUGCAUCUGCAUGGAUAUCUUUGGAUUCUGCAUGUCGGCUAAACAAGGAGAAGGAAGGACACUACAGCACAGUCAAUGAGAGUUUUAAAGGGAAAAGAGAGGUGGUGGAGUUGUUGCUUCAGCAGCCCUGUGGAUUGACUUUUUCCCCUGGUGGUUAGAAUGGUCAUGAGAAAGAUCUGUUGUUUUUUAAAUCAUUGGAAUGUUCCCAUAUUUAAGGAUGAAAACAUUUUAAUCAUGGAUCAAUUAUUAUUUGUGAUGAGGCCAAGCUAGACUCAUCGCAAGGUUGAUAUUGAAGGUUGUGGUUGGUAUUUUUUAGUAAUAUAAGACAGACUAAGCCUUUAAGCCUUUUUUGCCUUUAAAAAAAAAAGAUUCCUUCACUCAUGGAACAUUUCAUUUGUCUUUGUUUUUGAUUUAAGUUGUUCCCUUUUGGUCCACCUAUUCCAUAACUUUGGAAGACAUUGUCUCAAUUAUAUAUUAUAUUAAAUGUGUGUGUGUGUGUAUAAAACAAGUUUAAACAUGUUGAUUUUUCUUUAGGUUGUUAAUUUUGAUCAUUCAUGUGUUCCUUUUUUGUGUGUGUGUACUCAUGCACAGCAGCAGGUUGUGGGGCAUUGUAUAACAGUCUGUGCUCUGUACCUGUAUCCUCCGUACCUCAGUGGGUUAGUAUAGUCUGACUGCUGUACUCCAAGCCCGAGGCUAUGGGAAACAUCCCUCCACCAUCCCUUGUUGACUAAGGCCCAUAUUCAGCCCCGGUAAAUGCAGCUUCAGAAACGGCAGGACCGGAUUUCAGGAACAACCUCCCUCUGAUGGACCUCUCAUGUUGUCUUCAAUGUUAGGACGGCCACGAGGGGGUGCUGAAGACCUUUUGCAAUGUUGACACAGGCAGUAAAGCCAAACGGUCUCUGAACCUUGUUGCACUCUGUCUCAAUAAAGUGAACAUGCUUUGUCUAGUAGUGUGUACAACUAACAUGCAAGCCAACACCCCUGGCCUCUCUUGUAGGCUUUACCCACAGACAAUCGAUAUGGAACUCUUCACUGGCAAUGUAAAUACCAAAAAGGCUUGAUGAAUGCAUCAUUUAUAGGCUAGAAGAGGGGAAAUCUGCAGCUUUGUAGAUAGAAUGUGAGUUGUAGCUUUACAAUGAUUACCUUGCUUCUCUGUAUUUUGAAUGUGAUCAAUAUUCACAAAUGUCAUAUCGCAAUGCUGGGGUACCAAGAAUUCUUAGCUUGUUAUUGCGUUGAGGUUUAGCUGGGGAGGAGCUAAGGUAAGCAAUGUUUUAGGGAGAAGACUAUGUCCUGGUAGACAACUUCAGCCCCCUUGUUGCAAGAUUUUACAUUGUGACAAUUAUGUGCCAGUAAAGACUUUUACUGAAA